GCUGGUGGAAGGUGCCGCUGGCCGGGGAAGGCCGGAAGCCGCACCUCCACCGGAGACAUCGCGUCUACAAGCUGGUGGAGGACACGAAACACCGGCCCAAAGACAACCUGGAGCUCAUUCUUACGCAGUCUGUGGAGGUAAUUGAGAAGAGGGAGCCAUGAAGAGUGCUGUGAUUGUGGCAUCGUCCUCCUGCGAGGAAAAUUAGAACAUGAAUGCAGCAACAGCAUUAACAGUGUGUGGGGAGAGGCCUGACAGUAUGUGCCUGCAAAUACAGAAAUUCUAUAAAUCAAGCCUUAAAAUAGAGGACUCAAAUGUUCCUGGUGAAUGUCAGUUCAUGUUUCCUCUAGGAAGAUCACACACUGUGAGAGAAUUAAGAGAACUUGGAGUCCGGGGUGACUUGGUCUCAGUGAAGAAAUCUGUGGGCCGUAAUCAACUACUUCCUCAAGGACUGGCUGUAUACGCAUCCCCCGAAAACAAGAAGCUGUUUGAAGAGGAGAAAUUGCUGAGACAAGAAGGAAAAUUAGAGAAGAUCCAGACCAAGGCAGGUGAGGCGACAGUGAAAUUUUUGAGAAGCUGUCACCUGGAGGUGGGAAUGAAGAACAACGUCAAAUGGGAGCUAAAUCCUGAAAUAGUUGCACGCCACUUCCUCAAGAAUCUUGGUGUUGUGGUAGCCCCACAUGCAUUAAAGUUACCAGAAGAGUCCAUCACACGGUGGGGCGAAUACUGGUGUGAGGUGACGGUAAAUGGGCUUGACACUGUGAGGGUGCCUAUGUCUGUGGUGAACUUUGAGAGGCCCAAAACUAAAAGAUAUAAGUACUGGUUAGCCCAGCAAGCUGCCAAGGGAAUGGCCCCCACCAGCUCCCAGAGGCUCUGAACCUUCCCUCCCUCCAGGGCAACAAGAUGCCUUCAAGAUGCCAGUGUUCUGCAAAGCAGAAUCAGAGGAGCAUUGGAGCAAAGAUGGGCCAGCACCCUGAUCUUACUCCCAGCUCUGACUAAAUAUGGAGUUUUAGAGACCAUACAGGGACAUCAGACUGAACUGCACACACAUGUUGAAUUCUCUGUGUUUUUCAACUCUGUCUUAAACUGUCAUCACAUCCCCCCUUAUUGGGGCAGUCCUGCUCAAGAAAUACCAGUCUGUAAAUUUGAUAAGCUGGAUAUUAAUGGACUGAAAUAGUAACCUCUUCGUCCUCUCUCAGAACUAAUAGAACAAGCAGAAAGAGCUAGCUUUUGUUUUAGUACUUAGUAUCUGGCUCAUUCUCAUCACCCAGACUGAACAUUUGUAUCUCAAAUAAAAAGAUGUGUCCAUUGAAUAAACACCCUGGAUUUUA